AUGCCCAAAGCAACAACCCCCUCCCGCUCCACCGGGCGCAGACACAACCCUCUCGCCGACGACAUCCUCUCCACCAGCCAGGUACGAACGAGCACAAAACCCGGCAAGAAACGCUCACACAAGUCCGCCAACGGCGACGACGAUGACGAUGGAGUCGAAAACAGAAAAGAAGGCUUCAUAGACGCCAAGGCUUCGCGCAAGAUUUUACAAAUUGGUCAAGACCUCGCCGACGAAGACGCUGCGGAGCAACAGAAAAUUUUGGAUGAGGCGGGCGCCGGCCAGCAAAAUAACAAAGCGUUUGAUUUUUCGACCAGGUUUGGGGAUGAGGGUGAUUAUAUUUCGGACGACGAAGAGAAAUUUGAGGAAGGGGAUUGGGAGGAUGAGGAUCUUGACAGAGGAGAGGUCGAUCCAACCGAUUUGGACAUGUUUAAUAAAUUCAUCCCCGCCGGUGACCAAGAUCCUAUUUUCGACCCGAGCGAGGAAGGCGAGGAAGGCUCGGGGGUAAAUCUUGCGGAUUUGAUUUUGCAAAAGAUUGCGGCAUAUGAAGCGAAUCAGUCUGGUGACAGUCAACAAAUCAAAGGAGGGGGUGCGCCGGAGGAUGCGGUACAGAUCCCUGCGAAAGCAUUGGAAGUAUAUGAAAAAGUUGGCAUGAUUCUUUCGCGGUACAAGUCAGGACCUCUGCCCAAACCAUUUAAAAUCCUGCCUACGUUACCUCAAUGGCCUACACUUCUCGAUAUUACGCGACCUGAUGCAUGGACACCCAACGCCGUCUACGCCGGAACCAGGAUAUUCAUUUCUUCGAAACCGGCGAUUGCGCAGCAAUUUAUCAACAUGGUGCUCCUCGAACGGGUGCGCGACGAGAUCCACGAAACCCGCAAACUCAACGUGCACGUCUACAAUGCGCUGAAGAAAGCGCUUUACAAACCGGCCUGUUUCUUCAAGGGUCUGUUGUUUCCGUUGAUUGCCACGGGGACAUGCACACUGCGGGAAGCGCACAUUGUCUCUUCCGUUAUCGCUCGCGUGUCCAUCCCUGUCUUGCACUCUGCUGCCGCAUUACUGCGACUAUGCGAAAUCGCAGCAGAGCAGACGUCCGCAUCGCUCUCCUCGGAAGGCACGGGCGCAACCAACAUGUUCAUCCGCGUCUUCCUCGAAAAGAAGUAUGCCUUACCGUAUAAAGUGAUUGACGCACUCGUUUUCCACUUUCUCCGUUUCCGUGCCAUGGACAAUGCCGAAGAUAGCAUGAUGGUUGAUGGCCGUCCGUCCGCAGCAGCAGCAUUGAACUACAAACUCCCCGUGCUAUGGCACCAGUCCCUCCUCGUGUUUGCGCAGCGAUAUAGGAACGAUAUCACAGAGGACCAGCGCGAGGCUUUGCUUGAUUUGCUGCUUGUGCGCGGACACAAGGAGAUUGGACCUGAGGUGCGACGAGAGUUGCUUGCGGGACGAGGACGAGGUGUGGUUGUGCCCAGUGAGGAAUCUGCAGCAGCUGCUGCUGCGGGUGAUGAUACCAUGGAUGUCGAGAUGUAA